UGAGAAAAAAAAACAGAAAAUGAAAUCAAUGGAAGGGCAAGGGCUCUACUUCUUUUGCUCCAUUUUACUAUCUCUAUUCACAUUUUGCACAUCAGUAGACACCAUAACAAUAGAUCAUCCCAUCACAGAUGGCACUACCAUAGUUUCAGCUGGUCGCAACUUCAAACUUGGAUUUUUCAGCCCAGGAAAAUCCAAGAAUCGAUAUGUUGGCAUUUGGUACAGCAAGAUACCAACUAAGGAUGUGGUCUGGGUUGCUAACAGAGAAACUCCGCUAAACAACACUUCUGGCAAGCUAAUGCUCAAAGUCAAUGGGAUCCUAGUACUCCUAGAUGGUUGCAAUAAAGAAAUCUGGUCAUCGAAUUCAUCAAUAUCCUUGAAAAAUCCAGUGGCUCAGCUUUCAGACACAGGAAAUCUUGUUGUGAGAGAGGGAAAUGACCAUAAUUCCAAAAAUUCCGCUUGGCAGAGUUUUGAUUAUCCUGGUGAAUACUCAGAAAUGCUGGAUGUUGAUGGAUUCCCUCAACUUUUUCUUUACAGGGGUGUAAAUAAAUCUAUUAGAUUUAGACAUGGGCCAUGGAAUGGACAGAUCUUUACUGGUCAAACAGAUAACUGCGCAAGAUAUUCAUUUUAUGGAGCUUUCGGUAAGUGCAAUAUCAACAACUCCCCUCCCUGUGACUGUCUGAAAGGAUUUAUACCAAAAUAUCCACAAGACUGGGAGGCAACAGAUUGGUCAAAUGGCUGUACAGCUUAUUCUAAUAUAGAUGUAAGAGAUGGUGGAAGUGGAUGCUUGCUCUGGUUUGGAGACCUAACUGAUAUUAGUUAUUUGGAUGAAGAUGAUCAAGAUCUGUACAUAAGGAUUGCUGCAUCAGAUUUUGAUAUCUCUCAAAAUGGACAGAAGAAACAAGAGGUGACGAAGAUAGUUAUACCCACAAUUUCAGGGAUACUUAUUCUAAGCUUUUUGGUUUGGUUUGCACUAUAUAAAAGGAAAAAAGUCUCCGCAACAAACAACUUUUCUUCUGAUAAUCUUAUUGGAGAGGGUGGAUUUGGAUUUGUUUACAAGGGUAAGCUACCAACUGGAACAGAAAUAGCAGUCAAGAAGAUUUCUGAAAAUUCUGGCCAAGGUGCUCAGGAGUGGGAAAAUGAAGUGAUCAUAAUUGCAAAACUUCAACAUAGAAACCUUGUCACACUUCAAGGUUGCUGUGCCGAGGGAGGACAAAGGAUUCUAAUAUAUGAAUAUAUGCCAAAUAAUAGCUUGGACUACUUCAUAUUUGAUGAGAGCAGAAAAAGAAUACUUACCUGGCAAAAACGCUUUGAAAUUGCUGUGGGAAUAUCACAUGGAAUCCUUUAUCUUCAUCAGGACUCCAGAUUCAAAAUUAUACAUAGAGAUCUGAAGGCGAGUAACAUAUUACUGGAUGCUGAAUUGAACGCCAAGAUUUCUGACUUUGGCCUUGCUAGAAUUGUAGGAGAAGAUGAUGCUCUGGCAAGAACAAAACGAAUUAUAGGAACAUAUGGUUAUAUGUCACCCGAGUAUGCUGUUGAUGGCAACUUCUCUGUAAAAUCAGAUGUUUUCAGCCUUGGAGUGAUUUUAUUGGAACUCAUUAGUGGAAGGAAGAACAGGACAUUUCAUCAUUCAGAUCAUCACCACAAUCUUCUGGGUCAUGCAUGGCUCUUGUGGAAUGAUGGUGACCCUAUAGAACUAAUGGAUAAUUGUGUGAGAGACUCUUAUGUGGAAUCUCAAGUGCUAAGAUGCAUUCAUGUAGCUCUUCUUUGUGUUUCGAAACUACCAGAAGACAGACCAACAAUGGCCUCAGUAGUUUUCAUGUUGGAGAAUGAGGAAGUGGCUUUACCUCAACCAAAAGAGCCAGGCUUCUUUGUGGAAAGGAAUUCAACUGAAGCAUCUUCCAAAAAUGUGGACAUAUGCCACUCUGAAGUUGCAAAGAUGACAUUCAGCAUUCUUGAGCCUAGAUAAAAACAACAUAUAAUUUUUUAUUUGGAUUACUUGACUUUGUAUCUGAAUGGUAAGGUAGGAAUAUGGUUUGAGGGCUAUGUGAGUAACCUAAGGGGUGAAUUUGUUUGGAUGGAUUUUGCCCAAGCAGUUUAUAGGAGAUUUGGCAAUAAUUCAGUAUCAAUAGAAGAAGAAUUCAUUGUCCUUAAAACAUAUAGGUAAGGGGUAUGAGUUUACAAAGAAGUAUGAGGAAUUAAAGAGCUCAUUCAGAAUAUGAAGCUCAAAGUCUACAAUGUACCGUCUUUAAUUGUGACAUAAGUUAUGUUGUGAUGAAAUCUGUGACAAAGUAACAUGGACUAUCCAUGGAGAAACAUUUCAGAAGGA